AUGUCACAGGACCAAGAAGAAUGGAGGUUCAGGAUUGCACAACCAGGAAGGUUCGUGAAUAAUUCAAAAGAGCAGACUUUUGAACAAUUUGUUGAAAAACUGGCUGUAUGGUAUGCACACCAGAAGGUGACUUUGGACAGAGACCAAAUUACAGGUGUAUUAGCUUUGUUGGAAGGCCGCGCCCACACAGUUGCAGGUAAUUAUUAUCGCAUGGUCAAGGAUGCCAAAUAUUUGGGAUCGUAUGAAGAUUUUCUACACCAAAUGAGGAGGGCCUUUAUGACCACGGAUCAAGAAGAAGAUGUGCAUCAGGAAUUCCUGGGAAUGCUCAGGAAAUAUGACACUGUCACAGCAUGA